AUGAGCCCCCCCUUGGGUGUGUUCACCAUCGACGAAAAAACUGGAGAAGUCUUUGCGCACAAGAAAGUAGACCGAGAAUUUAAAAGCUGUUUCCACAUUAAGUUUGACAUCCUGGACAAGGUUACCAAAGAGAGACUUGACAAAGAGCUCUCCUUUGAUGUGGAAAUCCAGGAUAUAAAUGACAAUGAACCAAAGUUUGAACACACUAAGAUAACAAGAUUUAUCAGAGAAGAAUAUGAGGAAGAUUCUGAUUAUUUGCCGGUGAUACUUAAGGCGUCAGAUCCCGUGAUCCAGAUGAACCAAAUAAGCCCAAACUCGACCAUGACCUUGUUGAUGAAUGGAUGCUUUGACUACGAUAAAGCAAAAAGUAUACUGGUGAAGGAAUCGGUCACUGCAAAUGAUGUUGUAAAGGGUUUCUCUGUGGACGAUAAGGACAACCCGCUGACCCCAGGAUGGAGAGCAAAAUAUUAUUUCAUCAGUGGAAAUGAUGAUAAUAACUACAAAAUUGUGACUGACCCCAAAACAAAUGAGGGAGUUUUAUCGGUUGUAAAGGGGCUUAACUUUGAACGGACAACGAAGACCUCGAUAGUGAUAGGAGUGGAGAAUGAGGAGAAGCUGUUUCACUGUAAACAUAAUAAAGCCCCGCCUCCGAAGCACAGCACCGCCAACAUCAGCCUCACGGUCAUUGAUACAAACGAUCCACCAACUUUUGACAAAAAGGAGACGAGAGUGUAUCAAAAGGAAGAAGAUCCACCGGGAAAAGUGCUGUUUACUCCCGUAGUUCAUGACAUCGACUCGGACGUGAAGAACAUCAGGUUUAAAAUCCUCGAUGAUCCUGCGAAUUGGAUGAAAAUAGAUGAAGUGACGGGGAAAGUAUCAACUGUAAAGAAAAUGGACAGAGAGUCGCACCACGUGAACAAGGACGGUAUAUAUACAGUCUUAGUCGGUGCUGUUGAUGAUGGCGAGCCUCCAGCCACUGGCACGGGCACGCUCUACGUUUACCUUAAAGAUAUCAACGACAACGCACCUACACUGGUCAACGCAACUAUGACUUUCUGCUCACACGACUACAAUAUCCCCGUGAAGGUCCAAGACCUGGAUGCUGUCCCAUUCAGUGGUCCGUUCUCUUUUGCUGUUGCAAAUGAAAAACUGAGCAAGGUCUGGGAACUGGACCCAAAAUCAGGCCCCGAAAGCAAGCUCAAAUUGAAGACUGAAAACCUUGCUUAUGGGAAUUACUCAUUGCCACUGAUUAUUGAGGAUCAACAAAACUUCAAAAGUGAGCAGACGAUGGUUGUGGAGUAUUGCGAAUGUGAUGAAACGAACACUUGCAUCAAACAAUCUCGGAAAGUGAAUCUGGGGGGAGCGGCCAUUGGACUGAUCCUUGCGUCACUUCUGCUGUUCUUGUUGCUGCUGUUAAUAUUUAAGUGCACUUCUAAAACGAAGUUCCACAAGUUCUCGGACUUGGGGAGGGAUGAGGGGAACCAGACUCUCAUUCAGUAUAAUCAAGAAGGUGGCAGCUCAGACUGCAAGGCUGAACCCUCCACAUCUCUGACCACGAAGACCACUACGACAAACAACAUCACUAUGACGGAUGGCCAACAGACCCUUCAGCCGGCGAUGCCGCUCUAUACAAGUGAAGAAAUUUACAACAUGUACCACUCUAGUUACAAAAAUAACUACGAAGAAGAAAUGAUGGGCACCAUGGGAAUGCACCAAGGAGGCAUGAGAGGCAACUAUGACAUGUGGACCAGUAGGACAGGCACACACAUGAGUACUUCACACAGUCGCUACAAUCUUCAAGUCGACCAGCACAUCUCAGAGCACCUCCACAGGAAAUUGCAAAUGCUUUCUGCAAGCUAUAACAAUUACGGUGGUUACGGGGGUGGCCCAGAGGAGGAUGUAGGAGACCUGCCUCAUGUGUACGGCUACGAAGGAAACGGCAGCAAAAGCCAAUCCCUGGACGAGCUUUCCUUGGGGAACUUGGAUGAUAUGCAGUUUCUGAAUGAUUUGGGACCAAAGUUCAAGACUCUGGGGGGAAUCUGCCAUCAAGCCAUUGAGGAAAAGGACAUACAUUUUUGA